UGCUGACGCUGGGCGCCGUGCCGCUGCUGGCCGCGCCGCUGCUGGUCCUGCUGACCGACCGGCUGGCCGCGGCCGCCGCCCACCUGCAGCAGGAGCACCGGCGCGCGCUGCUGGGCCUGCCGCCGGCCGGCGCCGACACGGCCGCCGUCCUGGAGAACUCCCACUACACUCUGACCAUGCUGGAGACGCUGCUGCAGUCGGCGGCCGGCGACGGCCAGCCGCAGUGGGCGCCGGCCGUGCGCCGCCUCCGCGCGGAGCUGGAGCGAGCCUCGCUCUUCAUCUGCGACCGACAUCCGGCGUUCGUGCGUUUCCUCUGGCGGCUGCUGCGGCUGACGCAAACUGCAGACGAGCCAAGGUCACGAACGCACGGUCAGACCGCAUUGCGGUGACCCUCCCCCUACGGUCCCCUCCCCAUCCGGCUUCUCCGCCGCCAUUGUUGCGUUAUCGGAGCAGCAGUGAACUUGCGUCCUGUCCCGUCCGUCUCGUAUUCAACGUUACCCCCCCCCCCUCCCCCGUCGUCACCGAUGGACAGACCGUCGCCGCGGCAGCCUCUGGAAAGCUGACAGCGCUGCGGGCUGGCCGGCCCGCCCGCUGUCGGCUCGAUGAGAUUGGUAUCGCCGCUGGCUGAACCCCUGGCACCUAACCAGAUUGGCUCCAGGGUGCGGCGUGCAGCCUGCGAUGCGUCGUCGACGGGGGAGGGGCGGACGGAGCUCCGCGCGCCGUGCCAGCUCGGUGACAGUCGCUGGCGGACGGCAGGGACAUGUGACACUGAUGAGACCGAGGUGGAGACGGACACGGACCGCAGUGUGAGUCAGUGCAGUGGAGAGGACGGUGUGGUGAUGUCCACGCGUGGGAUGACGAUAACAACUGAUCGGAACUGAUUGUGAGUAGUGCUUUGUCAGACUCCGUGUUUCAGAAACGGAACUCAGCUUCUGUGGGUGGCAGCUGAGGGAGAACUGUGACAGCUCUAGUCUGAAUCAACUGUGGUUUGCGGCGGUUUGUCAUCGGUGACAGUGUUAUCUUACCGCACGGCGUAACGACUAUAAGUGGGGUACAGCGAGUGUAACCUGUGAGACAGUGCAGUGCAGCAACAGACCGGCUCUCGGACGACACUCGGUGACCGCGCCGUCUGACCGUGUCGCAGAUAACGCGUCCGCUCGGUGUAUAGGUCAAACACACCGGACUCGACCUGCGGUUACCGGUGGAACUUCCCAAACCGGCGCGGCGGCUGCAGUAACGGCGCGGCAGAAAGCCGGAAACUCGUCCAUCCGGCUGGCCCCUGCUCUGCGCAGCUCAGAUUGGCCCCCGCCGCCUGCAGCUGGAGGAAAGAUUGUACUAGGCUAGAGGCCCCGAGUCAGUGCAGCGCGGCGGGGCCCACUCGAUACAGGCGGUCCGGCACCACUCGUGGACGAUCCUUAGUGAGGAGGAAUAAGACGUGAGGAUCGUCACACCACAUCAAUAGUGACGGGACGUCACGUCACGUACGACCACCGGCGUCAGCGUGCCGUAUCGACUGGCGUGUGAAUCAGUUCACGUCUGUCCGGCCGUCGUCUGAGCGAUCGGCACCUACAGGACCAGCCCCGAGACCAAGAUGGACUCCAAACAAAAACCAAGUCGCAGCGGGUCGCUGCCGCCACACACCGCCAUGAGGACGGCCAAGUGGUACAUGUGCGUCUUCCUGGUGGCGUUCCUCUACUUCUACGUGAUGCUGAUCAAGCAGGUGCGAGGCGCUGAGGUGCCUCCGCGGCCGCUGCUGCCGGCCGAGGACCGCCAGGCGCCGGCGUACGAGCCGCCCCAGUUCGACCCGCAGUUCCAGGACGGCGAGACGGACUCUGUCGGCUUCAGCUACCACAACUACGACCAGCUGACGGCCUACAUGCGGAAGGUGGCGGCAGAGCGGCCCGACAUCACGGCGCUCUACUCGAUCGGCACCUCAGUUCAAGGUCGUGAACUCUGGGUUCUGGUCGUCUCCGCCUCACCCUACGAGCAUAUGAUCGGCAAGCCCAACGUGAAAUACGUCGGCAACAUUCAUGGCAACGAGGCGAUCGGCCGAGAGGUUCUCAUUCACCUGAUCGAGUACCUGACGACGCGGUACAACACGGACCCGUACGUCAGCUGGCUGCUGGACAACACGCGCGUGCACAUCAUGCCCUCUAUGAACCCGGACGGAUUCGAAGUGAGCCGAGAAGGCUCCUGCCAGGGCGGCCAGGGCAGGUUCAACUCGAACGGCUUCGACCUGAACCGUAACUUCCCGGACUACUUCAAGACCAACAACAAGAAGAGCCAGGUGGAGACGGAGGCGAUCAAGGAGUGGCUGAACAAGAUCCAGUUCGUGCUGUCUGCCCAGCUGCACGGAGGCGCCCUGGUGGCCAGCUAUCCGUUCGACAACACGCCCAAUGCCGUGAUCCGCCAGUUCCGUACCACGGAGUCGCGCUCGCCCGAUGACGACACUCUCCGACAUCUGGCCAAGGUGUACUCGUACAACCACGGCCAAAUGUACAAGGGCGAGCCGUGCGCCAACAAGGGACUCGGCGCCGAACGCUUCCCUGACGGCAUCACCAACGGAGCCAAGUGGUACCCGCUGACUGGAGGGAUGGGUGACUACAACUACGUCUGGCACGGCUGCAUGGAGCUGACUCUCGAGCUCUCCUGCUGCAAGUACCCCGAAGCGCGCCAGCUGAGGAGCUUCUGGAGGGAUAACAGGAAGGCGCUGGUGAAGCUCCUGGGCGAGGCUCACCGCGGCGUGCGCGGCUACGUGGUCGACAUCAACAACAACCCGAUCGAGGGCGCCGGUCUGAAGGUCAAGGGCAGGAACAUCGGCUUCCAGACCACCCAGCACGGAGAGUUCUGGCGCAUCCUGCGGCCCGGAAACUAUGUGAUGGAGGUGUUUGCCGAGGGCUACUACCCGCGUGAGCAGGCGUUCAGCGUCAGUGAGGAGCGCCCCACUGAGAUUUCUAUCCUGCUGGAGCGUGUGCCGGGGGGAGAGACCGCUGAGGAUCGAUCGAAGAUCUUUUUCCCGAAAUAAAGCACAAAUGGUCGUCGGGAUACGAGGUGAACCGACACGACUUCACUCCGCCGCCGCUGGCUCCGCCUCCUCCCACGGCCGCGCCCUCGGGGCUCAGCGGGCUGUGGACGCGCCUGACCGGCGGAUUUCAGAGCCUGUUCGGCUAGAAUCGUAACCACCUAGCUUGCUCUACCGCUGGCAAACGGAUGAGCGUCGCAGUGUUGUGCGCUGCGUCGUGCAGAGUCGCGAUCUGAGAAGCGCGGGCUCGCUUAGAACCUCGACUGAGCGUGUGUUACCCCGCGGCUUGUGACAUCCUGGUGACUAUUUGAGUUGUUCUCGACUGUCGUGUAGAUCGCAAGGAGUCAGAUAUGUAGGCCGCUCCCGGUCCACCAGUGCUGGUUAGGCUGACAUGAUGCCUGUUGUUUGUAUUGUGCGGUGUCGGGCCGGCCGGCCUGACGGCUGAGCCGGGCUGUUAUUUUAGUGUUGACUGAUACCGCUGAUGUUGUUGGGACUGACCAGUGACCGGCGGUUCGCCCGGCUGUUGUAUACCGGAGAUUCUACAUUGGGCAAUGUGCUGAGGGACGAGUGUGCGCUGUUUAUAGUUUGGGCUGAGUGUUAAUAAGUGUAUAGAGAUGCAGUGGAGCAUAUCGUUCUCAACUGAACUAGUUUUGUUGUGCAUCUCUCAGCUCUUCACUUUUUCAUAUUUGUUACUGAUUCAACACGCCCAAAGAUAAUUCGAAUUAUUAUGAAGACUCCACCUCAUUCUAUAGAGUCUAUAUAUAGAAUAUCCAAGACAGUUAGGAUAAAUGAUAACAAUAACACGUCAAAUGUAUAUUUAAACACACAAAGCUUUCGGUAUGAAAAUACCUUGAUCACUGUGUUAACAGAAGAGUUUCUGUCCUCAUUUCUGUUAACACAGUGAUCAAGGUAUUUUCAUACCGAAAGCUUUGUGUGUUUAAAUAUACAUUUGACGUGUUAUUGUUAUCAUUUAUCCUAUAGAGUCUAUGGUAAACACUGUCGCUCGUGCCUCUCUUGCCUCUUCAUUUCAUCUCAGUUUCUUGACUUACGCACUAAGCUGUUGAAAUAUGUGUAAAUAUG